AUGGGCUGCGCCAAGACGGGCAGCGGCAAGACGGCUGCAUUCGUCCUGCCGAUUCUGCAGAAACUCUCUGAGGAUCCCUAUGGAUCCGCAGGUCGCGACUGCAUGGGCUGCGCCAAGACGGGCAGCGGCAAGACGGCUGCAUUCGUCCUGCCGAUUCUGCAGAAACUCUCUGAGGAUCCCUAUGGUAUAUUCUGCCUGGUGCUGACGCCCACACGGGAGUUGGCCUAUCAGAUUGCUGAACAGUUCCGGGUUCUGGGGAAGCCGCUUGGCUUGAAGGACUGCAUCAUCGUUGGCGGGAUGGACAUGGUGGCCCAGGCUCUGGAGCUCUCCCGAAAGCCUCACGUCGUCAUCGCCACGCCUGGAAGGCUGGCCGAUCACCUCCGCAGCUCCAACACCUUCAGCCUCAGAAAGAUCAAGUUCCUGGUUCUGGAUGAAGCUGACCGGCUGCUGGAGCAGGGCUGUACCGACUUCACCAAGGAUCUGGAGGUGAUUCUGGGGGCAGUUCCAGCCACCAGGCAGACGCUGCUCUUCAGUGCCACGCUGACGGACACGCUGAACGAGCUGAAGAGCCUCGCCAUGAACAAGCCCUUCUUCUGGGAGUCGCAGGCUGAGGUGCGGACCGUGGACGAGCUGGUUCAGCGCUACCUGCUCGUGCCGGAGAAAGUCAAGGACGCCUACCUCGUCCACUUAAUUCAGACCUUCCAGGACGAGCACGAGGACUGGUCCAUCAUCAUCUUCACCAGCACCUGCAAGAGCUGCCAGAUCUUAAACAUGAUGCUGAAGAAGUUCAACUUCCCUUCGGUGGCCUUGCAUUCUAUGAUGAGGCAGAAGCAGCGCUUUGCAGCCUUAGCCAAAUUCAAGUCCAGCGUCUUUAGGAUCCUCAUCGCCACGGACGUGGCUGCCAGGGGCUUAGACAUUCCAACCGUGCAAGUCGUCAUCAACCACAACACCCCCGGCCUGCCGAAAAUCUACAUCCACCGGGUGGGCCGGACGGCCCGUGCAGGCCGGCACGGGCUCGCCACCACGUUAGAAACGAAGCUGCAGGAGUUCUCGGUGGAGGAGCGGGCCGUGCUCCACAUCCUCACCCAGGUGAACGUGGUCCGGAGGGAGUGUGAAAUCAAACUGGAGGCGACUGAUUUUGACGAGAAGAAGGAAAUAAAUAAGCGGAAGCAAAUGAUCCUGGAAGGAAAGGACCCGGACCUGGAGGCGAAGAGGAAGGCGGAGCUGGCCAAGAUCAAGAAGAAGAACAAGCAGUUCCGCGAGAGGGUCCAGCAGACGCUGCAGGAGAAGCAGCAGCUGCGGCAGAAGAGGCGGCUGCAGAAGAAGGCGCAGUGGCAGCAGAGGCGAGCAGCCCCGGAGAAGUGAGAGCCCCCGGCACGUACCGCUGGGGACCGGGGGAGCUGCUGCCCGGGGCUCCUGUCCCCUAGAGACUCCAGCUGGGAGUGGGUGAUGUGGAGGCUCAGACUUGCUGUUGGUGUUCGAAGGGAAAAGGCUCGUUCUGCCAGUGUCUCCCUUCUCCCUCCCGGCCAGAGCCUCGGCUGGUGGCCCCUCCUGCCGCCAGGACGGGGCUCCGGGGUGUCCCCUCCCCGCCCCCCCCAAGCACAAAGGAGAGAUCCAAACUGGGUGAGCUGGUCCUGGCCACGGAGAUUCUCGGUUCCUCACCUGCUCCCGCCCUUCCCAGGGCUGGUGCUGGCCCCUUGCUCCGGGUUAGAUCAGCAGCUGCUUCCCGCGUCUGACUCCAAAAUCUCUGAGCGGGGCCCUGGCUUCCUGGCCCAGCUGGGGCUGUGAGGAGAGGAGAGGAGAGGAGGCAGGUCUGGUAACCUCCUAAUUCACGUCACCCCUGUUGGAAGCCAGCCUGCCCCCAGGCCUCUCGGAGCUUCAUUUCAGCUCUGUCCCGCGCUGGGGCUGGCUCCCUCGGGCCCCGCUGCCCACACAUACAUCUCGGGGCCUCUUCCCUUCCGAGAGUGGCGCUUUCCAGCCCCGGCGCCAGUCCCGCGCCUGCGGGGAUUCACACGGCAGCAGG